UCGUAUGUGAACUUUCAACGUGUCCUCCAGCUGCAACGAAGGCAAAUGCAGCUGCUUGUGGAGUAUAUAAGAAAGCAACUUGGCUCUUAUCGACCCCACACACACAACGGAACGGUCCACGCGAUGAAGUACACGCUGAUCUUGGUACUGGCUAUUACCGGAGUCCUCGCCGACGACUACCGGUUAUGCGACCAGUCCAUUUCUGAUCAAUGUCCUGCGGAAGACGGAGAAUACCCCGUGUUCUUCCCCGACCCUGAGAACUGUGGCGCCUAUUGCGAGUGCUCCGGUGGCAGCGCCUGGCACCUCCUGUGUGGGCCUGGCACUCUCUGGGACACCGAGACCAAUCUUUGCAACUGGAGUGACCAGGUCGACUGCCAGGGCCGCCCCGUCGUUGACCCUCCGACCUUCCCGCCGCUCACAACGAUAAUGGAGUAGCGGGUGAAGGGAAAAGAACAUCUGCUUUUCAACUAAGCGGAUAUUGUUGCAAAAGCGUCGCGAGAGAAAUGCCGUGAGGGGAGUGGAUGGAAGGAAAUAAAUGAUGGAGAUAGGA